AUGUCGUCGCAACCCCAAGAUGUCAACGCUCUGUUGCACAACAUGCGGCAGCAGAUCUUGGCAUUAACCACACAACUAGCCGACCUGCAGGCAAAUCUCCCUGCAGCAAACCCCUCGGUAGAGAAAAAGUUCAACAAGAAAGUCAAAGUUGUCGCUGACCCUGGCGCCUUUGAGGGAGACAGAGCAAUGCAGGAGUGCUACACUGCGGGAGUGUGGCCGACCUGGGACAAUCUCAAGAUAGAGAUCAAAAAAUAUUUCAAACCGCAAGCUGAGCGUGACUGGGCGCGUCAGCAAAUCCGUUCCUUCCAACAAGGAAACAUAGAACUGCUGGAGCGCAAUGUGAACCCCCGCAUUGCAGAACAGAUCUACUUGCAGGAUACAAGAAACAAAAACCUGGCCCUGGCGGCUGAGGAAGUACGUCGAGUCGGCAGAGCCAUGGAACUCUACGCUAUGCACCAAGGUGGCGGGUCCACCACCAAAAACAACCAAUCCCAGAGGCGCCCUGGGUCAUCAAACCAUCAUAAUCAUUCUCACGGGUUCAAGCCGUUCGGGCUGCAACCAAGGCAGGGAGCCCCCAUGGAUAUCGGCGCAGUUCAAGGAGGACAGAUGUGCAGAUUCAAGGGGAACUGCUACAAUUGCGACCAAGAGGGACACAUGUCCCGAGACUGCAGAAAAGGAGCGCAGGCCGCUCAACAAAAAAAUAAUCAAGGGCGCCAGGCACGCCAAUUAGAAUCCGAAAAACCGGACGAUCGGCUCCAGACUCUGGCCGGUCUAUCCUACGACGAAAUCCGGGCCUUCUUCUACGAUCAGCAGGCUGCUGAAAUGAAGGCUCAGGGAAAAGAGUCCGGAGCUUAG